UUUAAUGGCCGCCCCUGGUAAAGCUGCCGGUGUGUUUCACGUGUGAAUAUGUCAUUUUUGCAUUCCUAUCGACAUUUAUUCAGUGUACUUACCAGGCGUACUCGUAAUUUUUCACACAUUUCAACAAGAUGUAAGGCAUGGAUUGAAACGAAACCGUCUCAUGAGAAGAUAGUUUUGAAGCAAUUCAUCAAAUGUAUUGAAGAAACAAAAUCCAACAGAAAGACAUUCAGCACCUCCUGUACAACCUGUUCCACUGAAAAUGCUGGUGAUGGUCAGAAAACGUCAGAGAACCAACCAAUAAGUUUUACUGACCGAUCCCACUUGUGUGGAUGCUUGACUACCGCAGAUGUCGGUCAGUCUGUCAAGCUGUGUGGCUGGGUAGAUCGUGUCUCAAAACUGUUCCUGAAGCUGUAUGACUGGACGGGACGAGUGCAGAUCACUGUUCCCCCAGACAUGGUGAAAAUGGUGAUGUCUCUGGAUCGUGAAAGUGUUGUGGAAGUGAAGGGUAUUGUGAUGAUGCGCCCUGACAGUCAAAAGAGAGCGGCUGUUGGCAGUGGGGAAGUUGAGAUUCUUCCUUCAGAGAUAAAAGUUUUGAACACAUGCAACUCACUGAUGCCAUUCCACCCUACCUGCAUCUCCUAUCAGAAGGUGACCUCGGACGUCAGAAUGGAACAUCGUUAUCUAGACAUCCGUAGUGUUCAGAUGCAGAGAAUUCUACGUCUCCGUUCAUCAUUUAUCAUGAAAGCUCGAGAGUUCCUAUGUAACAAUCACGGUUUUGUUGAUGUGGAGACACCCACCCUUUUUAGAAAAACACCAGGGGGUGCUAAAGAGUUUCUGGUCCCAACUCGCCGACAGGGGCGGUUUUACAGCCUUCCUCAAAGUCCCCAACAGUUCAAACAGUUGCUGAUGAUCGGUGGAGUAGACAGAUAUUUCCAGAUAGCCAGAUGUUACCGAGACGAGGCUCAGAGACCAAACAGACAACCUGAGUUCACUCAGUUGGACAUAGAAAUGGCCUUUACCUCACAGACACACAUAAUGAGUUUAAUAGAGAGACUAUUACACCACUGCUGGCCCCGGGGGGCAGGGACCUUACCAGACACCUUCCCUGUCAUGAAGUAUGAACAAGCAUUAAGGGAGUACGGCACGGACAAACCAGACACAAGGUUUGACAUGAAGCUUCAAGACAUUAGUGAUGUGAUGUCGGACUGUGGCGUUGUUCGACUUGCAAGUGCAGAAACUGUUAUCGCCUUGAGGAUACCUGAGGGACAAGUAAGUGCAGAAACUGUUAUCGCCUUGAGGAUACCUGAGGGUCAAAAAUACUUUUCCAACAAAGAACUAGAUACCCUUUGUAAGCCAGUCAGUGAUGAUGAUAAAACAGAAAUAAUCACAGCUAAGAUCAGUAGUGCUGAUGACUGGAAGUCUUCAAUUUCCAAACACCUGAAGUCAUCCUGCCGAGACAUCAUAAAUAAGAAACUACAGCUUGAACCGGGAGAUAUUCUUCUACUGUGUCAUGGUGCGGGACAUUUUCCGUUUGAAGUCCUUGGGAAGAAGCGUCUGAUGACAGCCAAUCACUUAGAGCAGAAAGGUCAGGCGAUCAGAAACUCUUCCGAUAACAAUAUUUUCUGGGUGGUUGAUUUCCCACUUUUCCUGCCAAAAGAAGAUGAAUCUGGUAAACUUAUACCAGGAUUAGUAGAGUCUGCUCAUCAUCCGUUCACAGCCCCAAUUGAGGAUGACCUUGACCUCGUGUAUUCCGAUCCCAACAAGGUACGGAGUCAACAUUACGACCUGGUGUUGAACGGUAAUGAGAUUGGAGGAGGAUCAGUUCGUAUUCAUAAUGCAAAGCUUCAGAAAUAUGUUCUGUCGGAAAUAUUAAAGGAGGAUACAAGUGAGCUGAGUCACCUACUAUCCGCUCUAGACAUGGGAUGUCCACCUCACGCUGGGAUCGCACUAGGGCUGGACCGACUUUUCGCUAUCCUGAGUGGAGUUAACAAUAUAAAGGAUGUUAUUGCCUUCCCAAAGUCUUUCAUGGGAUCUUGUCCCAUGAGCAAGGCGCCAUCUAAACUGUCAGAAUCUGAUCUUAGUCUGUACCACCUAACACUGAAAUCAUAGCAUUGAAAAUGAUGUCAUUGAAAUGUUGAUCAAAACGGUCAGAGGAGCUGUAUUAUUUUAUAUUAAAUUAUAAGAAAGAAAACAUUACCUAUUGUUUAUUUUUCUUUCCAGUUU